GUAAAGUUGGUGUGUAUUGGUAAAGAUAUUUAUAAAUGUUUAUAAGAAUAUAACAUUCCACCAACCAAAGUAAUUUCCAUUAAGUAAAUACUACUGUGUCAAUAAUUAAGGUUCUGAUUGUACUUAAGGGACAUAAUAAACAAAAAGGUCCAAGAAUAUUAGUUUCAGUGAUAUAUUUAUUAGUUACCUAUACAUAUAAAAUAAAUUAAUUUAACAUGACCCUUACCUACUGUAGUGUUCCUACCUGCUCUAAUAUAGUAAGUGACAAUUCAAAACUAAAUUUCCACUAUUUACCAAGGCCAGGUCAACGCAUUAUUACCUAUGAUAAGGAUGGCCACAAGAUAUACCGCGAAAGAAGGGAUAUAUGGCUAGAAAGAAUAAAACUACCAGACAUAAAAUAUCAUAAAUCUGCAAUAAUCUGCUCUGAACAUUUUACUGAUAAUGACUACUUUAGGAGAAGCACCCAUAGUCAUACCCCUAAAAGUUCAUACAACUCCAUAGUUAUUCUUAAACCAAAUGCUGUACCUUCAGUAAAUCUUCCACCAGAUGUUAAUACUAACCAACAGUUGGUAAGAGAGAAAGACUGGGAACUAGAGUAUGAAAAUUUGAUGCACUCUGCUGGUGCAGAAACAUUAAAGACUUUAGUAAACAAGAUGCGUAACUAUCAUUUGGAAAGAAUGUAUGAUAUGUUGUUUGGCGAUAUGAAGGAGGAAUGGAUUAGAACUAAGCCAACUCUAGGUGGUUAUGUUUAUACAUGUUAUGCAUGUCGACAUUUAUUUUCGUCAUUUAAAAUUCUUCAAGAUCACCUUAAUGUUAGAAUACUAGUGCUAAAGUAUAAAUGUUCCGGUUGUCAGGACAGAUGUUAUACAUUCUAUAAUCCAUGUGUCCUUUUAUUACACAUGCGUAGUCACUUCACAUCCGAUUGCAAUCCAAUAAAUCUUAAUGACAUACGAACUGAUAUUUUGCCUGUAGAACUAGCUGGUUUUUUCCCAAUUCCCGAAGUACCUGUACUUUACGAAAAAGAGGAAGAAAUGUUAACGGACAAUACUUACAUUGAUGUUCAGUUCUAUAGCCCGAAAAAGGACCAAAAAGGACAAAAUGUAAUAGAACUAAUAGGCGAUACCGUCGUAUUUGUUGAAAAUAAUGAAUUGUUAGCAUUGAAACAAGUGUGUAAGAACGUACCAAAGUGUCAGUUCGUAACUAUAGAAGAGCACAACCAACUAAGAGAAAGCUGUCAAACUGAAGUUGAAGCUACCGUAAAAGAAGAAAUUUUGGAUUAUGUUGAGCAAUUUACUCUGCCCGUUAUCUCUAAAGUAGAAACUGUGCGGGAACAUCCGUUUACCCUUAUACCAAUUAAUUGCAUUGAUUGUGAAAAAUGUCAUCAUCACGAAACAUCGCUUUCUAGGCACUACCAAGGAUUGCAAAAACCUGAUAAUCCUAGCCUGACAUGUGACACGUGUAACUUUAUAGCUCCGACUAACUGUUCUUUCUUAGCGCACUGUAGACUACACACUAAGACAGCACCGCAUGUAUGUCCUGAGUGUGGGAAGGUUUUUGAUGAUUCUGUGGAUCUUCGUAAGCAUCUCGACGAUGUUUGCUUCCAUUUUGCUAAGCAAGUCAAGAUGAGUUGUCCAGCCACUAAAUGCAGAAAGCUAUUUUCUACGCGCAAAAAUUUUAUUCUCCAUUUUAAGAAGACUCAUUUUAACGUUGGAAUAAAUUGUGAAUCGUGUCGCUUUGUUACCUAUUCUGCCCAAGAAGGUGAUAAGCACUUUAAACUGAAUAAUGGAGACUGUGAGUUAAUUAAUAUUUACACUUGUGACGUCUGUAAAUUAUUUUCCGCUUCGAAUGAGUCCGAGAUGCAUGGACAUGCAAAAUUUCACUAUUCGCAAGUAAACUGUAAAGUAUAUGUGUUUGUGUGUACAUACUGUCGUAAGAAUUUUAGAUCUGAUAUUACUUAUUCGGCCCACCUGCAAAGGUGUACCUCGAGGAAAUCGUUUAGUUCUGCUGGCAAGCUUCGUCUGGUUAGAACCUUGUCUUGUGUCCUAUGUAAAGAUAAAUUAACAACCGAUGAACAAGUGCGUCAUAAUACCUUGUGCAAAUACGCUAAUCCAGUAGUUAUAGCAUACAAGUUGAGCGAGUCUUAUAUAAACGCCAUGACGGAUGGGAGCAAUCAUUUGAUCAAAUCACCCAAGUCAAACGACUGUGUAGAAAUUACUAAAAAGAGAAGAAAAAAGUAUCUUACUGACAUAAGUAAACGUAGGAAGCCCGAAACUCGCCCAGAUUUAAUAGCCGAGAAACCCAGGAAAUUUGAUGGUACGUACCAUUGUGAGCUGUGUGAUUAUAGUAGUGCAGAUCGGAGUGAUUUUCACGCUCACAUUAGAACUCAUAGGGAUAUAUCCUCACCUUACCAAUGUAUGGAAUGUGGAGAGUGUUUUGUCGUUAAGCCCACGCUGUUCAAACAUUUGCGUCAUUACCACAAUAUUAGCGAUCAUGAAUAUUAUAUGAAAUGCAACGACUGCUUUGAUACAGCUGCGGUAAAGAUGAUGGAAACAUCUAUUUAACUAGUCACGACAGCCAUUUUUAAACGCUCUUUUCCGAUGAUUUUGCGUGUCAAAAAGCAUAUCAGUUUCUUCUCAUGGUGCCUAUCCGUUACGGAUAUUGGACACUAACAAGUCUUUAUAUUCAAACUCUUCCAGUUGUUUUUCAGUGAGAAGCGGUUGCCACCGUCUUCUUUUGAGCAUCCUUCGGAUUGUAGAUGAACUGCUUAUCUCUUUCCUUAGACAUAGGCACAGCUAUAUCUUAAACUCCAGUAUUUGAGAUUCUAUUGUGUUCAAGGAUUUUUUAUGACUUCCUCCAUCAAUGCGACUCCACCAUAUUUUAGCUGUUUAUCGGGUAUUUUACUGAAUUUCUCGGUAUUUGUAGAUCUACAUUUAACUGGAUAUUUAGUGUUAACGCUUGUGUAUUGCACUCAUGCCUUUUAAUAAAUCUGUUAGGUAUUCUGUCCAUCUAGUGGUACUCAUAUGUGUACUUGCAAGUAUCUCAUUGCCUUUUUUGUGUUAAAUUCUUAAAUGUUCUACAUAUUUGCUCUGCGCUCCAUAGAAAUCGUUCUCUAACUGCUUUGAGUAUGUUUCCCAGUGCUUCGCUCAUUUUCUAUUUUAAAUUCAAAAUAUUUUGUAAAUCUAACUUCGUUUGUACAAUACUGGAAUAGUUUCUGCUUGACGGCACAAGGAAAUCUGAGCUUCCUUUCCUAUUUUUGUUUUUGCUAUCGCGCGAUUAUUUUUUAAGUACCAGAACUCGUUUAUCCGAUUGUACGUAUAUAAAAAAAUCAAACUACGUGAGAGGUCCGGUGCCAAAAAACAUUUUAAAAUUCUCUUUAUAUGUAUCUAACGAAACUUAGGGAGAAUCAAUGCACGGGUUGCGUUUCUA